ACGGUCAAGAUGUAAUUCUAGAUGAGCCGUCACCGGUUCGGCCAAUCAGGAGAUGUGGGGAUGUCCCAUUCCCUGUGAAUAUCAUUUUAUUUUGCCGAAGCAACUGCUGUGCAUUAAACCAAUGCACCAUUCUUUUUCAAAGUCUUCAAUGCCAAUGAAUACUUGGCGUCUCACUGUGUCUCCCACUCGCUUCUUCCUCUUCUUCUUCUUCUUCUUCUCCGGCUGCUGUCUUCUGUCAACCCUUUCUGGGGCUUGACACCAUUGUUGGGGCUAGGUAUCACCAUGGCCACAAAGCUUCCUGGAACACCAAUAAGGCCCUGCCAUGUGUCGGCCAAUAGGAUGACGAUGCAGAGGAUGAGAUGUAGCAGAGGAAUCUCAGCCACCCAUUUCAAGAGAUGGGGCUAUGCGGGAAGAGAGCGGAUAGUUGCAGGAAGCAGAAGGGGACUUGCCAUUAGAGCCGAGGAUGGAAGCUCUAGCGCUGCUGUGGCGGAUGAGGGGCAAGGAGCAGGAGUCGUCCCGGAGUACAGGAGUCCUGCUGAAAUCAAGGAGGCUCUGUAUCACUCACUACAAGGAAUCAAUAGAGGAAUAUUUGGGGUAGCCUCAGCAAGAAAAGCAGAGAUUGAAGGGUUGGUGAAGUCGCUGGAGUCCUGCAAUCCCAAUCCUGAACCAACUGGAGAUCUGGAGAAGGUUAGUGGGUGUUGGAAACUCAUAUACAGUACCAUUUCAAUCUUGGGCACAAAGAGAACUAAGCUAGGAUUGAGAGAUUUUGUCAGUCUUGAAGAUUUCUUUCAGACCAUUCACAUCGAUGAGGGAAAAGCACUGAACACCGUCAACUUUCAGGUGAAGGGGUUGAAGUUGCUGAAAGGGCAGCUCACCGUUGUGGCCAAUUUCAAAGUUACAUCUCCCACUAGAGUUGAAAUCGAGUAUCAGGAUUCAACAAUUGCUCCUGAUCAGCUUUUGAACCUCUUCAAAAAGAACUAUGACCUGCUUCUUGCUAUCUUCAACCCAGAGGGCUGGCUCGAUAUAACAUAUGUUGACGAGGAUAUGAGAAUCGGACGGGACGACAAGGGCAACCUGUUUGUAUUGGAAAGAGCAUGAAGGGCAAGAGAAACGCAUCAGUGAUCACACCAGGAGGUCUCCCUAGAGAAGCUCCAAGAUUCUAAAUACAAAGCUGUUCUCAGAAACACAGUUUUAUCAAUCAAUACCACGUUUCUAUCUUA